AUGAGCGUCGAGAGGCCUAUUUGGGAUGAUGUUGAUAAUUCUGUAGUUGAUGACGCUUUACGUAUGUCUACGGAUGAGCUUAAGGUGCAUACCCGUCUUCUUGAUGGUGAAAUUCGCAUCAUGAAAUCUGAACUUCAUCGCGUCGAGCAUGAGGUUAAAAUGAAGCAGUCAAAAGUUAAAGAUAGCAAGAGUAAAAUUAAGAUGAACAAAGCUCUCCCAUAUCUUGUCGCUACCAUAGUUGAGUUAUUGGACAUUGAGCCUGAAGAUGAAGAAGAGGAUGGUGCAAAUGUUGACCUAGAUGCUCAGAGAAAAGGAAAGUGUGCUGUUGUCAAGACAAGUACUCGUCAGACAUAUUUCCUUCCCGUUAUCGGACUCGUACCACAUGAAGAACUCAAGCCUGGUGACCUUGUUGGUGUAAACAAGGAUUCUUAUUUGGUUCUUGAAAAGCUUCCUGCUGAGUUUGACUCCCGCGUUAAAGCCAUGGAGGUCGAUGAGAGGCCAACUGAACAAUAUGGGGAUAUCGGUGGCUUGGAUAAACAGAUCCAGGAAUUAAUUGAAGCCGUCGUACUCCCAAUGACACACAAGGAUCGAUUUGAUGCUAUUGGUAUUCAGCCCCCCAAAGGUGUUUUACUCUAUGGUCCCCCUGGAACGGGUAAAACUCUCUUAGCUCGUGCUUGUGCUGCUCAAACAAAGUCGACUUUCUUGAAACUUGCAGCACCCCAGCUUGUUCAAAUGUUCAUCGGUGAUGGAGCUAAAUUGGUCCGUGAUGCUUUCCAGCUGGCGAAGGAAAAGUCACCUGCUAUUAUCUUUAUUGAUGAAUUGGACGCCAUUGGUACAAAGCGUUUUGACAGUGAGAAAGCUGGUGACCGUGAAGUUCAGCGCACAAUGUUGGAGCUUCUAAAUCAAUUAGACGGCUUCCAGCCCAACCAUGAUAUUAAGGUCAUUGCUGCAACCAACAGAGUGGAUAUUCUUGACCCUGCUUUACUUCGUAGUGGUCGUUUAGAUCGCAAAAUUGAGUUCCCUGCACCAAAUGAGGAGGCUCGUUCGCGCAUCAUGCAAAUCCAUUCCAGGAAAAUGAAUGUUCACCCAGACGUCAAUUUUGAAGAACUUGCUCGUUGUACAGAUGAUUUCAAUGGUGCUCAGUGCAAGGCUGUUUGUGUUGAAGCUGGCAUGAUUGCAUUGAGAAGAAACGCUACUCAGGUCGUGCAUGAGGAUUAUAUGGAUGCGAUUCUUGAGGUACAGUCAAAGAAGAAGGCAAAUCUGAGCUACUAUGCGUAG